AGUCCGCACCGGAGCGGGCUCCCAUCUGCGUCCCUCCCUCCCUCUGCCCGUCCCUCCCUCCCUCUGUCCCUCCACCGCACUCUACCGAGCGGCGUCUCGGCACGCAGUCGUAGUUCGCCGGCCGGCCGCUGCCGCUCAGUGGCGCUGCUGUAGCUCGGCAGCGGCUCACGCUGCUCGGCCGCGGAGUGUUCGUCCGUCUGCGUGAGAGGGAGAGCGAGGCAGGGCGUCUCUGCUUCUCGGAGAAAAUCACCAGUCAAGAUAUUUUCCGAUGAGAAGACAGGCGCCAGUGUCUCGGCGGAGAAGGAAGCAGGGUGCUGUCGCCCUGUGAAAGAGAACGUUUGAGUGUUGAGUUUCACAUCUCGGACUGUGUUUUUCCAUCACCGACGUGCGUCUCCGCGAUGUCACUCAAGCGGAAGCAGAAGCCGGCCGCUGAGCCUGUGUUGGACGCCUCCAACAAGCGCUUCAGCGGCUACAGCUUCAGCGAGCUGAAGAUCCCGGCCAUGCCGGUGAUGGAGGCUGACUACGAGGCCGAGGUGGAGCAGAAGCUGACGGAGAUGUCGCUGGCCGGCCGCGGCGUGGACAGCAGCAACUACAUCGGUCGCGGCGAGCUGCUCACCGAGCGCCUCCAGACCGUACCCGAGUUCAGGGUGCCCGCCGUGCCGCCGCUGAAGGAGCUGGACGGACGCUCCCUGGACGGACGCUGGAUGUUUGAGGGUCGCUCGGUGGAGAGCCGCGCUCAGGAGGGUCCCGCGCCGGUGCCGUCGGCGGCGGGCGUGCUGCCGCUGCCGCCACCCCCGAGCGUCACCCAGCAGCGGAUGUACCGGCGCUCCAUCAGCACCGCCCUGCCGCACUACUGCAGCCUCGAGAGGAGGCCUCGCGGUGCCGCGGCAGCUCAGCGACCCAGUGUCUGGAUGGUGCGCAGCCAGAGCUUCACCGAUGUGUACCAGAAGACCGGCGCGCUGACCGGCCCUGUGGCAGCCGCGGAGCUGGGCAGACCACCACUGAGAGGAGGAGGGGGACGGGCAGAUGAUCGCGAGAGGAGAAACUCACUGAGGAGGAGCAUGAGAGCGCUCAGUGGCAGCUGGAGGAACCUGCUCAAACAAGUGGGUGGCAUGCACCGGCCGAACAAGCCGGCCCAGAUCCGCAGAGUGCCCCCGCCGACCGUUCCCGAGCAGACCAGCCACCGGCACAGCGGCAGCAGCUUCAGCAGCGGCUACGGCAGCCUGGGGCAGCCCGACAGCCGCAGCUCGUGUGGCGACGAACACCUGGUGCCGCCCCACUCGCCACUGGACCUGCCGCCCAGCCCCGGACCAGACUCUGUGGAGGGCAGCAUGUACUCGGGCUCGAACCGCCUCUCCUCGGGGUCGUCGGGCCUCAGCCCCGGACCCCAGGCCGGCUACAACACGUUCUCGUUCCCCACGGCGCCGGCGCCUCGGGCGGUGGCGUCGCCGGGCGGACCGGCCUGUUCACACUCCGGAAAGGAGUUUGUGCCUCACUUCCAUAACCAUCUGUACCAGCACCAACAGAGCGAUGAUCAGGGCAUUGACGUCCAGAGUCCGGGCCGCGACUCUCCAUCCAGCGCGGGCAGCUCGACCAGCAGUUUCGGCUGCCGUAACAGCACCUCCAGCCUGGACUCUGGCCGCGCGUCCUCGGCUUACGACAGCAAGGCUUCCCAUCCGACCAGCCUGAACAGACUGUCCGGCCAGUCGUACGAGUCUGGCAGCAGCUACCGCCAGUCGUACCACAGCUCCAGCUCCAGUCUGGGCUCCCUGGAGAAGGAUGACGCCAUCUCUCGUCUGCACGUCGCUCAGAUGCUCGCCGACGGCAUGAAGGACUCUGAGGUGCUGAACGCCUGGCUCACCGACUUCCACUUUGAGGAAUACUACCAGCUGUUCGUCAACGCCGGCUACGACAUGCCCACUGUCUCACGCAUGACGCCCGAGGAUCUAACCGCCAUCGGAAUCACCAAGCCAGCGCACCGGCGUAAGCUGAAGGCGGAGAUCGCUCGUCUGAACAUCUCGGACGGCAUCCCCGACUUCAUCCCGGACAGUCUGGAUGGCUGGCUGCACCUGCUGCGUCUGAGCGACUACGCCGAGCUGCUGAGGGCGCAGGGCUAUUCGAGCGUCCAGCAGGCCACAGAGAUCACCUGGGAGGACCUCGAGGAGAUCGGCAUCUCGCGGCUCGGCCACCAGAAGAAGAUCACGCUGGCUAUCAAGAGGGCGAAGGAUAUACUGACGGGGAAGAGGGUACCGUCACAAUACCAGCAUCAGUAUACUACGCAGGAGAUCGCCAUCCCGGCCACUGCCAGUCCCACCGAGCCCACCUACCAGCAGCUGAAGACGUUCCAGCAGCAGCCGGCGGCGGCGCGUGCCGACUCCUGGGCCGACCCGGGCCGCUACCAGGGCUUCUCGCAGUACCGUCCGCUGCCGCUGCAGCAGGUUCAGGUGCAGGUGGAGACCUCGGCUGAUGUGGGCUGUGACGAGCCGCCGCCGCCGCCGGCGCCCCAGACCCAGCUGCAGUACUUUGAGCAGCAGAGGUAUGUUCUGCAGGGGCCCAGCUCGUGGCGGAGGAGUUACGAAGACGGCGACCUGACGCCGACCAAUGAGCCAGUCCCGCUGGAGGCGUCGGGCACCCUCCCCCGUCAGCGUCCGGGCGCCGGCCGACAGCGGCCCGUCGCCAAAAUCGUGGCCAAGACGCGCGACUCUGAGCCGGAGUCGGACCGCGACGCGCCGGUGAAGCCGGUGAAGCAGUACGGCAGCCUGCCGCGUGACCCACUGAAGCGCAUGGAGGUGCUGGGCGCGCCGCCGGCGCCGUUCAGCACGCCCCAGGGCACGCCGCGGAAGCCGGUGCCGGCGCCGCCGCGGCGCGACAGUCUGCGCGCUGAGGCGCUGGCGGCGGCACGUCACGACUUCCCGCCGCCGCCGCUGCCGCUGGUGGUGCGAGACUCUGGCGACGCCAGCGACGCGUCCGACUGCGAGAGCGCCAGCCCGGCCACCGGGCGGGCCACGCGCAACGACAGCAGCGCCAGCUUCAAAUCAACGUCGAGCACAGAGUCCGACUCGUUCCCGUUCGCCAACGACAACGCGGGCACCAUCAAACAGCGCACACAGCGCUCCCACACCGCCGGAGACCUGCCGUCUAGUCUAAGUGCCAAGUCGGGAAAGGCGGCCGCCGGCGCCGGCCAGGGCGACGUGCUGAACGACAUCGGCUCCAUGCUGGCGGACCUGACCGACGAGCUGGACGCCAUGUUGGAACUGGAGAGUGAAGCGCCCUGAGCGCCGCCAUCUUGAACGGACUGGGUUUGUCUCUGCGCGCGCGCCGGCCGAUCCGACCGAGAGAGGCCGGCCGCGACUGGAGGGUACGUUGGUGCUGCUGUGCUGGUGCUGUGGUGCAAAUAUCACCACGGUGGUGCGAGCGGCACAGUCACAGCGCUGUGAAAACGGCGGCAGUAGGGCAACAAAGAUGGCGGACGUUACGCCAAGAUGGCGGCCGCUGCCGGCGCUACCGGACGGUGACUAGGGACGGCUGGCCGCGUUUGCCGCCGGAGCGCUGAGCGCGGCGCGGUUUCGACCAAUGUGGCGCGUUUGAUGGUUGUAUGAUGUACAGGAAGAUGUGAGACCUACUGCCGUGUGUGGUGUCCCUCUGCUCCUGUCGGGAGCGGCGCGAGGUUUGUCCUGCUGUGUUCGCUCAAUUGUCGCCGCAUUGUAUCGCAUUUAGCCGCUUCUUAUCGAAAGAAUAACGCAUUUGUUUUAAUAUAAUGAGCUUGUUUGUCCGAGGGCGUGUCAAGCUUGCCGCCAGAAGCGUCAGCUUUCUGUUUUUCUGAACCAUUUUGCGAUGAUCGCCGAGUUUUCUCCUUGGUCUGUGUUGUAUUUAGUGAGCGAGGAAGUGUUUUGUUCGGGCGGCCGCUCUGCCCGGGCAGCGCGGCCCGGAUGUGUUGGAGCCUCUAUGUAGCCCUGUCCGGAGUUGGCCCCCGUUCGUUCACCUCUGUCUGGGUGUCCCUAUCUGUUUUGGCGGUUGUUCUUAGUACUCAGCGUCUUAAGUUCGGACCGUAUGUGAGUCGCAGCGAGAGGGAGUGAGAGGACGGACUGAGAGACAGAGCAUAUUUGUACUGACAUUGUUCAAGAAUAUAAGAUGAGUCGAUCACU